AUGUUGAAUGAAAUUGCUCAAAGGCUUCCAGUUGAAGAAGUGCCAUUGACAGUAGAUUGGCAAGAAAAAUUCGAGGAUUUGGAAGUAAAGAAUGAAGAUUUGAGGCUGACAAUUGCAGAAAAAUGGUGUGAGUUACAGAGAGGAAAGAGGACGGCCUCCCCAUUGAUCAACUACUCCUUGGUAACAGAGGAUGAACAGGAAAUUCCAGAUGAUACCCAAGAAAAGUCGAAUGAACAGGGAAAUGCUACUCCAACAAUGCCUGUUAUGGGGGGCUCUGAAGAAAAUCUCACACAGUUCGAUAUUGAAGUUUCACAGUUUAAAAUUUGGGCUAGAUCUGAUUUGGAGCGAAAGGUGAAAGAGCUGCAAGAGGAAAAGAGCAUGCCAGAACCAUCACAGACUGAAAAGGCUGAACUCCAACAAACAGCAGCGACACAAGUUCUGGGUAAUAUUGAAGUGGAAAUUGGUUCUCUUAGAGAUAGACAGGGUGCAUCGCUUGAAGAAAUGUUGCCGAAUAUGCAGUUUAUGCCUUUGGUUUGUGAGCUGCCGAGUCUCAAAGAACUGCAUACCGUGCCGAUGGAGAAACUGAUUGACCUGGCCAUCCAUGGGAAGGGUAUUUAUACCGAUGAGUACUCAAAAUAUCUACAAGCUGAAAUUAUGGGAGAUCCUUAUCCAUCCUUAGGAAUUCUUAGUCUGGAGUACCCGUCGACUGGUAGUUUACCAAGCUUGGAAAAAAUGGAAUCUUCUCAAAUCUUCGACAAAUUUUAUGCUAAAGAUCUGGAUCCUCCAUCACAAGUUUCAAGACCAACUUUUGACUUGGGUUUAGGACCAAGUGAUCAAAAUGGAGAAGAGGUGCAGCAGCCUGCAAUUGAUCUAGGUGCACCUGAUCCACCUCAAAUCCAUCUUGCAGCUGCGCCUGCGCAUAAUGAAGCUCCAGCUGCUAGAGGAGCAUCAGAUCAAGCUCAAACGGAUCCCUCGGAUGAGCAAGCUCAAAUCGAUACUGCACCUACACUUAAUGAAGCCUCUGCAAUUGUUUUAGCUGCAGCUGAAAAAGCUCGUUUGAAAGCUGAUCUUCAGCAACCUGAACAAGAAGGAAUAAGGAAACCUUGGGAUCCCAUUCCAUUCAAUGAAGUAGAAAGGAAGAAGAAAAUGAAGAAUGACAGAAAGCAACAGCCUACUAAACAAUUAGAGAGUCUUAAGUAUCCAGUUUUAGAUCGCCGAAAAAGCUAA